CUCUAUUUCCAUGGUGAGGAGAUACAUACACACACACAGAAAACGUCUUUUCCCCCUGCAUCAGAACUUGAUUGGACCUGUGACUCCAUUAACUCCACCCCGAGGAAAUAAAUAUAUAAGGCCAGAAUCAACUUGGGUUUGAGUGUCAGACAUUUGAGACUUUCAAGAUGACUUGUGGGAAUUAUUCUAUCACUCACUGGGAAUAUGGUGCAAAGGAUUUGUGGACUUUUCCCUCUUUGGAUUCAGUGGACGAGCUUGCCAACAGGAUAUUUUUCUGGCAUGGAUAACAACAAAACAGCGCUUUAAGCCAGUGACUCACCCCCUCCGCACCUCUUGCUGAGCCAUCAUUACCAUGGAAACCCCGAGCCAGAAACGCACCAGCCGUGGUGCUGCCUCCCCGACCCGCAUCAGCAGGCUGCAGGAGAAGGAAGACCUGUGCAACCUCAAUGACCGCCUGGCUGUCUACAUCGACAAGGUGCGCUCGCUGGAGUCUGAGAACGCCGGACUCCGAAUGCGCAUCACCGAGUCGGAGUCCACGAUCACCCGCGAUGUGUCGGGCAUAAAGGCGGCCUAUGAGGCAGAGCUGGCCGACGCCCGCAAGACCCUGGACCAGGUGGCCAAGGAGCGAGCUCGCAUGCAGCUGGAGCUGAGCAAGAUCAGGGAGGAGCACAAGGAGCUCAAAGCCAGGAACAGUAAGAAGGAGUCUGACCUGGAGGCGGCGCUGGCCAGGCUGAGGGACCUGGAGGCCCUGCUGAACUCUAAAGAUGCUUCCCUCUCCACUGCCUUGGGAGAGAAGCGGACCCUGGAGGCUGAAGUAAAGGACCUCAAGGCCCAGCUGGCCAAGUUGGACGGGAGCUUAGCCGAUGCCAAGAGGCAGCUGCAGGAUGAGAUGCUGAGGAGAGUGGACGCCGAGAACCGCCUGCAGACCGUGAAGGAGGAACUGGAGUUCCAGAAGAACAUCUACAGCGAGGAGCUGCGCGAGUCCAAGCGUCGGCACGAGUUAAGCGUUGUGCAGAUAGACAGCGGGCGGCAGCAGGAGUUUGAGAGCAAGCUGGCCGAGGCCUUGGUCGAGAUGAGAGCCCAACAGGAGGAGCAGGUCCGCCUCUACAGGGAGGAGAUCGAGAAGACCUACAACUCUAAGCUGGAGAAUGCUCGUCAUUCAGCUGACAGGAACAGCCACUUGGUGGGAGCCGCUCAUGAAGAGCUGCAGCAGACCCGUGUACGAUUGGAGGGCAUGUCAGGCCAGCUCAGCCUGCUGCAGAAACAGCUGGCAGCGAGCGAGUCCAAGGUGCGGGAGCUGGAGGAGGCCCUGUCGAGGGAGCGGGACAUGAGUCGGCGGCGGCUGGAGGAUAAAGAGCGGGAGAUGGCUGAUAUCCGAGCUCGGCUGAUGCUGCAGCUGGAGGAGUACCAGGAGCUGCUGGACAUCAAACUGGCCCUGGACAUGGAGAUUAAUGCUUACAGGAAGCUGCUGGAGGGAGAGGAGGAGAGGCUGCGUCUGUCACCUGGCGGCACCACAAAGGUCACAGUGGCACGGACCUCCGGCUCAGCCCACAGCCACGCCAGCCGGGUGCUCUCCGGCUCAGGCCACAGCCACAGCACCCGCGUGGUCCACUCCUCCGGCACUGGCACCCCCGCUGCAGGCGCCACGGCGGCGGUCACGGCCUCCAGCAGCCGCAACUCCUCCGGCACAGCCAGCGCCAAGAAGCGGCGCCUCAAUGACAACGACAGCGAGAGCUCCAGCAUGGUGGGGGGCACUGUGACCAAGACUCGCAUUAGUCAGAACGCCUCAGCCAGCGGCCGCGUCACAGUGGAUGAGGUCGACCUGGAGGGCAAGUUUGUCCGUCUCAGCAACAAGGCUGACGAGGACCAAUCUCUGGCCAACUGGCAGGUGAAGAGACAAGUAGGUAAUGCCAGCGCCAUCAUCUACAAGUUUCCUACCAAGUUCACUCUGAAGGCCGGAGGAACUGUCACUAUCUGGGCUGCAUCUGGCGGUGGAACCCACAACCCCCCCUCUGACCUGGUGUGGAAGAACCAGAGCUCCUGGGGCACCGGCGACCUCCUGCAGACCACCCUCAUUAGCGCCAACGGAGAGGAAAUGGCCAUGAGGAAAGUGACCCGCACCCUGUUCCAUGAAGAUGAAGAUGACGACAUGGGGGCCCACAGCACGAGCGGCGCAGACAACGAGUACAACCUGCGGAGCCGCACCGUGAUCUGCGACUCCUGUGGGCAGACGCAGGACCGCUCGGGUGUUUGCAGCAGCGGGGGUCUACCUGAAGGCCUCAUGGGACAUUCCUUUUUCAUGGGGACCAACGAGCCCAGACAGGGUCGGGCUAAGCCGGAGAACUGCUCCAUCAUGUAAAAACCAGACGGCACCUCACCUGAACCCCCCACCACCUCCUGCAACCCACAAAGGAGAAACAUGAUUUUCUCCUGCUGGGUUGUUUGUCUUUAUUAUUUUUUCUUUUUUAUAUGGUCUUAUUUUGUAUUCAGAUUAAUCUGCAGGUUAGAAUUGCUUUGAGGUUUUUGGGCAAAGGGCACAGGAUUUUCAUAUUCAGCUUUUGAGUUGGUAUAUUCAAGUUACGUUAUUGCAUGUGUGCUGUGCUAAUGCUCGUCCUGCUUUUUCUUGCACAUUCUCUCCACACACACACACACACACACACACACACACACACACACACACACACACACACACACACACACACACACACACACACACACACACACACACACACACACACACACAGCUCUAUUGACCAGUGCUUGUGCUUUGAUCCGAGCCGGGGUUUCACAUUUAAUGGCCAUGCUGUCAUCACUCAACACGCACAGCUAGUGAACCCUGUC